UCUUGCAUGUGAUGGCAAGGGUAACUGGCAGCUUUAUAUAAGCGGUUUCAACUGCCAGGCUUCCCCCCAGGCAGCCGGCACCUGGCGCCUGGAGAGUGGCUUAAGAGGCAACCUGGGGCGGCUGAACGCGAGGCGAACCAGCAGAUACGUCUGUAGGCGCAACGCGAGAUGUGGUAGGUAUGGCAGAUCUAACCCCUUUGGAUCUUUUUUAAAAUUGUUUCCACGAUAUAUUUCAAGCCUUACUGUGACGGACUGCGAAUGGUUGUGUGCUUUGGUGGUUUACUAGCAGUGCAUUGGCGGCCAUUCCCCAGCCACCCCGAAAACUUGCCACCUCUACUCUCUACCACCCUUCAGCUUCCAGUGUGGCUUUAAUUGAACAGAAAACAAGAACAAAGGCAAAUCCAAAAUGUCGAAUCAACCUCCCAUGAACGUUAUAGACCCUGUUCCCAUAGCUUCUCCUGCUCGGCCCGCCAUUCCGGGGGCAUUGCCGCCUGAAUCGCCACCUUCUGCUGCUGAAGUCGCAAAUCAGCGUGUCUACGGACCGCCAAACCGCCCAGCCCUCUACAACGAUAGACUGCCUUCAGCAGCCGAUAACACGGAGGCCAAGUACGGACCUGUCAAUACAACAUUUGCACCACCUCCAUUAGAUGUCCGGGUUAUUCAGACCAACUGCCAGGUCAAUCUAUUGGAGCUCAUCAGCCUCCAGGGUAAGGCCAAUGCUAUAGGUAUGAGUAGGGAGAUGGAGUCCAAUCUUCGUAGCCAGGGGAGCAUGGUGCUGGAUGAUCUGAGAGCUCUUCAAUUGGAGGUUAAGGAACGCAUCAAGGCCGCUGAAAACCACAGGUGGCGACGAUGGCUUGUUGGUGGAGGAGUCGCUUCGUUUAUUCCCUUGGUACGCAGAAUAUUCCGCAGGAAAAGCGACGAAGAGGAUGAUACAUCUGCCAAUGAUACCGAAUACGCAUUCAAAAAGUCCAAGAGCCUGCUCGCGCGCAUUCGCAAUGGUCUGUUUGGAGUUGGCGGCUUAGCCAGUAUCGCAUUCUUUGUCUUCGCGGUCCUGUAUAUCUUCCAAAAUGAGGUGACGCUACGAGUUGGAAAAACUCUUCACAAGCGAUUGCGCAAGCUGUCAGAGAGAAUAGAACAUGGUGACGGCCAGGUGGACGAACGGGAUCUGCGAUUGCUACAAGGAUGGCGCUGGACGAUUCUGCUGUGGUAGAACGGGCUAAUGUAGUUUGGACCCUUUAUGCUGUAACGUAAUUACGAUGUUUAAUAUUUAUUUUGGAAUUUUAUUUGCCUCGGCCACACCUAACUAUACUUGGAGCGCUUCGGCCAGCGUUCCGCAAAGCUGUUAGUUUGCGUCGAGACAGCCCCGCUGUUGUUUUUCAGCGAAACAUCAACC